CAGCUCCACUCCGCCCCACCCCAUUUCUCAAGAGAGCUGCAGCCAGUGCAGUGAGCAUUGCCAAGGCAGCUGUUUGAAAGAAGGGGAAGAAGCCCUCCUUGGCAGCCAAGCGAAUUCCCCUCUUUUUAAUAUCCUUUGGAGUAGUGCAAAGGCAGUUUCAUCUUUCUGACCACCCGUAGGAAAGGAAGACUCUUCAUUCCAGAUGGCUGAUGCAGUGAAUCCAUGCCCAUGCGACAUUGGAGACAAGUUUGAAUAUGAAGGGCUUGGGCAUGAGAUUUCUGUGGAGCACAUCAAAGCCUACAUAAGCAUGCCCUCCUUCAGCAGUGACAAAGCGGUGAUAGUGAUUCAUGACAUACAUGGAUGGCAGAUACCAAAUAUCAGAUUCAUAACUGAUCUGCUUGCAUCCAAUGGAUACAUAGCAAUUUGCCCAGACUUUUUUAAAUCGCAAGAGCCUUGGAAACCAUCUAACUCCGAGUCUAUGUUCAAGGAUUGGCUAAAAUCACGAGAUCCCAAUAAUAUCAACAAGGAAACUGAUGUUGUCUUGACAUAUCUGAAGCAACAAUGUAAUGCAACGAAGAUAAGUGCCAUUGGAUUUUGUUGGGGUGGAGCUGCUGUACAUCAUCUGAUGUUGACAUAUCCUGAAUUUAAGGCAGGCGUGUCCCUCUGUGGAGUUAUCAUCCUUAUGGAGGACAAUUACAACCUGAUGAACCCCACAUUUUUCAUUUUUGGAGAAAAUGAUAUAAUCAUUCCUCUUUGCCAAGUUACUGAGCUGGAACAGAAGCUGAAACAGCAAUGCAAAGCUGAUUUUGAAGUAAAAAUUUAUCCUGGACAAACCCAUGGUUUUGUGCAUCGCAAAAGAGAAGAUACUAACCCUAAAGACAAACCUUACAUUGAAGAAGCAAGAAAGGAUAUGCUGAAUUGGCUGAGUCGAUAUAUGUAACCAUCUAUAUAAUCUAUCAAAAUGCCAGUACACCAUGGAGACAUUAACACUAAGGAGAGCCAGUGUGAUGUAGUGGCUAAAGUGUUGGACUGGGAGUCGAGAGAUCCAGAUUCUAGGCUCCACUCGGCCAGUCACAGACUCUCAGCCCAACCUACCUCAUAGGGUUGUUGUUGUGAGGAUAAAAUGAAGAGGAGGAAGAUUACUUACUCUGCCUUGGGUUCCUUGGAUGAAAAAGGUGGGAUAUAAAUGCAAUAAAUAAAUAAAACUUUUCAAA